GCGGGCUGAGUCAUGGGCUCUGAGUCGGCCCAAUAAGAAGCAUGCUCGAUUCCAUAUGACGCUAUCGCACGUGCGACCGGCAUGCCCAACCUCGCGGAACUCCGAUGGGCGCCUCCGAAUCCCUUCUCCCCGUACACCACCACCAGCGGAUCGAUGAAAUCACCACCGUCUCCCAAAGGAUCGAGGGCGUGGAUCCCCUCGUCGAGCGCGUCGAGGCGCUCAAGAUCGCCACGCCGCUGCUGACCUCCCCGCCUCCGUCCGAGUCCAGCUUAUCCGACAUUCUUGUCAGGAAACCCUCAUCGUCCUCGUCUUCCACCUCUACUUCAGGUACUUUAAAUCCCAAUGUUCUGUUGGAGCUCUUUUCUAUGUAUCGCGAGUGGCAGGAAGAGAAGGCCAAGAAGAUUAGUAGAAAACAGGAGGAGAUUGAAAACAAGAUAGAAACUGCUGAUGCUUUGGCUGUUAAGCUUUUUCAGCGGUUCAAUUAUUCAGUUUCAGCCAUGAGAUCAACCACUCAGAGUCUUGCUGAAGUGCAGCAAUUACAGGUCGAAGUUGGUGAACUUAAAGGCAGGCUUACGGAGGUGAUUAGCAAUUGCGAUAUGCUAUGCAAAAGAAUUGCAGCAGAAGGACCAGAGUCCCUUCGUUCUUCUCUCAAUCCAAUCUCCACAAGCAAUGCCGAAAUACCAUCCAUUUGUUACUUAAAUAACAAGGUUCCUGAAUAAAUAAGCUUGCAGUUUACAUAGGAUUUUGUAUAAUCUUCCCAAGUUCAACAUUCCUGUACUCAUGAUGUAAGGUAGACUGUAAUCCACCGCUGGGACAUACACUGUUAAGUCGAGUGAUCUUGCAGAAACAAAUCAAAUCAAGAUUAUAUAGUUUCCUGAGA